AUGCUCAGCAACCAAGACCGAGUCGACUCCGAGCCGGAAGAAAGGAUACCCUUCAACAUCCUCCGAGAAAGCGCUUCCCCGAGACAUUCUGAAUCGCGUUUCAUUCCACCUACCUACAUGCUGCACCACCGAUCACCCCCCCUUCACGCGCAGCAAAGCAAGGCACAGCUACUCUACUGCGUAGCUAGCGUCCAAAACCAGCUCAACAGCUCAAUAUCAACCCAAGGGUUAAGGCUCACCCCCCCUUCAAAACAUCACAUCGCAAUCCCCAAUCCCCAUUUGCAUUCCUCUAUUCCAAUCGCCCGCAGUUAA